UCUCUAGUCUCACUCCGUGUCUCUCUCCAUCAGCAGCGGUCUGGAUGCUUGCAGGGACAGAAACAUGGCUGUGAAUCUCGGCAAGAACAGACUGGAGCUGCUGACCGCCUACCAGGACGUCAUCGACGAGACCUCGGACACCGACUGGGCCUUGUACACAUAUGAGGAUGACAGCAAUGAUUUGAAGCUGGCAUCAUCAGGAGGAGGAGGCCUGGCAGAGAUCACGCUGACCUUUGACAGUGCCAGGGUGAUGUACGGCUUCUGCAGCCUGAAGGAGCCCACCGCCGCUCUGCCACGAUACAUCCUCAUCAACUGGGUCGGGGAAGACGUGCCGGACGCCAGGAAGUGUGCCUGUGCCGUCCACGUGGCCACAAUCGCGGACUUCUUACAGGUCAGACCCUCCAUGGGGGUGGAGGUCACCGUCAACGCCAGCAGUCUGGACGACAUCGACCCGUUAGCCAUCGGGCAGCGGCUGACCAACGGGACGGCGGUGGUGGCGAGUCCGGUCCUGAGCCGCCUGAAAACCCGAGAGGAGGAGCACAAAGACGUGGGCACAGUGUACGAGAAGACCAACGCAGAGGUGGAGAUGAAGAAAAUCAAUAGAGAGGAGUUUUGGGAGCAGGCCAAGCGCGAAGAGGAGGUGAGGAAGGAGGAGGAGAAGAAGAAGGUGGCGGAGGAGCGGCAGCGCUUCGAGGAGGAGCGGAUGGAGCUGGAGAGGAAAGAGCAGGAGAGCCGCGAGCUGAGGUACCGCGAGAGGGAGCAGCAGAUCGAGGAGCACAGGAAGAAGUUGCUGGAGGAGGAAGAGACCAAAGAGAGGUUGCGGAGCCAGACCACCAUGGCAGCAGAGCCGAGCCUCGACGACCUCAACCUGGACAAGAAGGAAACUGAGGUAGAGGAGGCGAAGGCCAUCAUCGCUCAGCGGUCAGAAAACCCGCGAGAGUUUUUCAAGCUGAAGGAGAGAGCCAUGACCAUCAGCGUGGACACCUCCCCCGUCUCCGUCCACAGGACCGGGGACGAUGACGAUGAAGCAUACACAGAGCGCAACAUGGCCGCCGUGUCGCCCGUUCCUAAAAUAGUCACCCCGUCCAUCAAAGAGGACUUGUGCAGGGAGGAGGACGACGACUGCAGAGACGAGUGGGAUUCGGUGCCAAAGCAGGAGCAGAAACCGCCGCUGCAGGAGUCGGCCUCCACCAAGCCCGUGCAGAGCGUCGCCCCGCAGGCCCGCGACUCCUCCGGCUUCUCCGUCUGGGAGUCCGGGAACGACAGCCUGGUCAACCUGUGGGACAGCAACUCCGGCCCUCCCCCCAACCACUCCCAGACCUCCCAGUCCUCCAAUCUGGUGGACCUGAUGGGCGGCGACGUCGGUGCUCCACCCGGCACAGCCGCCACUAGCGCCAAGCCCCAGCCCCUCCUCAGCUUCGACGAGAUGGUGGACGGGACCUUCUGCUCGGCCACCGCCGCCGAGGACGACCCCGCCAGUCUCGUGGACGUGAUGGGCCCCGACCAGAUGACCCUCAGCUACCAGCAUGCACUGCAGCAUGCAUCCGGGGAAAAGAAGGUGCUGGAAGAUGGACAGCGACUGAUGACCAAUGGGGAGACGCUGCUGAAAGAAGGGACUCAGGCGAGUGAGGGCUACUUCAGCCAAUCACAGGAGGAAGGAUUUGGCCAAUCAGAAGAGUCCUCGGCUAAACCUGCACCUGUCUUUUAUAACAAGCCACCAGAGAUUGACAUUACGUGCUGGGACACGGACCCCGUGGGCGACGACGACGACGACUAACCGGCCAAUCAAAUGCCACCACAGGACCAAGAGGAAGUAGGAAGUGCGCUUCGUGAAGAAACUGAUUUUUUUUUUUUUUCUAAAAAAACAAAACAAACAACAAAAAAAAGUAACAAUAAUAACGAAUCUUGCAUCAAAAGUACUUCUGUAUUAUCUUUUAGAGGGAAACAAAACAGUAGCCAACAGAAAAAAUAAAUAAAAGAUGGGGUUUGAGUUAACUUUAAAGAUGGUUUGAAGGCUCAGUUAUGGGCUCUUUUUUUUUUUCUGUGUUUGUUAUUUUAUUUAUUUGUUGGGUUUUUAUUCUUUUUUCUUUGCUAUGCAGAUGUAAUAGCUGGGAGUGGGGGGGGGACUUUUGUUUGUGUAAAAGAUUUAUUACACAUUAAUGUGGCGCACUGCUGCAUAUUAGAGACAAUGAAGCCCAGUGUGUGACAGGCAGCCGCCACACCUAGUCCGUAGUGCUUUAAUAACACCCUAUAAAACUAAUACAGUGGAUCAUUACAGCUGCCAUGUAUAUCUUCACUCUCUGAUUUUUUUCUUACCUCUUUUUCACCUCCCUCCUCCCUGCUGCCUUCCUCCAAAAAAUAUCCAGAAAUAUUCACCUCUUCAAGUCAGUUAAUCUUGUAUUCAGCCCUCACUUUAUUGAAGAAAAAAAAAGGUGAAACAUUUUAUUUAUUGUGCUGCAUCUAAACAGCUGACCCUGAAGAAAUCUAUUCAGUCAAAUUGUGGCUCCGUUCAUUUUUCCUUUUUUCCGCUCCUUUUGUAUGAUUUUAAGACUGAAUUCAAGAUUAAAUGGCUUGUAAAUCUGGUUGCUCUUUUUCAGUGCACUUUUUAUUUUAUUUUUCCUUCUGCCUCCUCGCAGAUCAACUGCGGCCUCUCAAUCAAACCCUCCCCCUCUGGUUCAAGAGAAUUCAUAGGUUUUUAUCCCACUUAUAUAUUUACACAGCAAAAGAAAGAAGAAAAAAAGCUCUUCAUCUAAUCUUGAUGAAUAUACUGUAGAUAUUUUUCCAAGAGUAAACUAUUUUGUAGGAGAGUUUGGCUUUAAGAUAAUGAACAUUAAGCCACAUUCAGCUUGUGCAGAGCAGGAAAAAAAAUAAAUCAAUGAAUCAUUUGUUUGAUUCUAAACUUCCUCCAAAAGCUACAAAAAUAAGACUUUUUCACCAGGCCCUUCAUAAUGUGGCCUUUUUUUUGGACCGCAGUGAGCACGGCUCCUGUUCAGAGUCGAGGGGGUUUGGGACGCCCUGCCUUUUCCUUAUUAAAAAAUAAAUAAAAAGACGCAGUUAGGCCUUAUUGUUCCACUCAGACCGAGGCUGAGUGGGAAGACAGGGGGAGGGUGGGAUGACACCGCUGGAAAGCAAACUUUGGCCACACGGUGUUUGCAAAUAUCAUUUUUUACAACUUUGUUUUUUUUUAAUCUGCAUGGAGAACCAGAUGCUCAUAUUUUAUCACAUCACUGUCAAAUCAAAUCACUCUUAUUUAUAGAGACCAGUUUAUCGGGGGAUCUCUUCACAGCCAGCAUCAACAGGAAGAACAAUUACACCAGAAAAGAAGCUGCCUAAAAGUGUCUGAAUCCUUCCUUUGGACUAAAGUUAACAACACGCAGCUUCUUCUGCUCCCACUCUUAAUAAGUUCCUCAAUUUUAAAGUGCAAUAUGCAAUCACCUGAACAUCCCCUUUGAGGCUUCGGUAAAGUUAGUAGGAAUGCCAAAGGGUGACAUGUUAUCUUUUUUUUAGUAUAAGAAGUACGGCCUGUGAGUGGCCUGUGUGAAAAAGACAAAAGUUGCUCAGCCAACACAUCCGCAUUGUAAUUAUGCGACAAGGACUGAAGAUUCGAAAACUUUUCUGAAAUCUGUUCCUCCAAGCAGCUUAAAACACUAAUAGUGAUUCCUAAUUCCUCUCUGACCCACGUCUGCUGCCUAACUGCAUUUGUUCUGUGCCAUGCAAAAAAAAAAAAAAAGAAAAAAAAAGUACCAUGUGUAUUUAAUUUUGUAUUUUCAUUGAUGCAAUAUUUAGUUGCCCUGGAAACUGGAGUGAGAGGUGGGGCGGGGCUGAGAUGGGAAGAAGUGUGUGUGUGUGUGUUUUCAAUAUCUGUCAAAAAGUGUGCUAGAAUUGAUUUUCAGGACCUUUUUGAAUAUUAGCAACAACCAUGUUAGUCUUUUUUUGCUGUAAAUUCCUGUAGAAAAUAAAAACUCCUAGGCAAUAA